UGGCGUCCGCUCCCGGGAAGGCGCGGACGUACUUGCCAACGGAGGCUGAGCGGGCGCGAGCGCACCCACCGGGAGUCGCCAGCGCCUCCCCGCGGCCCGGGACGCCCGUGCCUUGGCCGGGACCAAGGCCAGCGUCCACUCCGUAGCAGCCAGAGCGGGUGGGAGCGCUUGGCUUCUGGCCACGGCCGCCGCCCGCCCGCCGGCUUUGGUGGUUGGGCGGAGGAAGCGCGGGACUCCUCCUCCCCGCCGUAUUAACAUGUACUCAGGGGCGGGUGACCAGCCCAGCCUCGCCGCCCCUGCCCGCCGCGUCCCGGCGCUCAGCCUCCGCGCCAGAGGCGAGCGCUGCGCUCAGGGCGCCGCAAACCCGAGGACGCGGCCUCGCAGCCACCUUCGGCCGGCGGGGAGCGGCAGGACCCGCGGUGCGAGCGGUCGCAGCCACCUCGGCGCCUGCCUGGGCUCCUUCCCUUCACCUCGCUGAGAGGCGUCCGGGACUGCGGAGCCACCGCUCUGCUCCUCGCUCCGAGGCUCGAGGGACGGACUGACAGACGGACGGACGUAGCCAGCGAGGGACGGACUGCGGGCAGCGAAAACUGUGGGUUGUACUAUUGGGCCACUUCCAGUGACUGCUGCUCAAACCUUUUUCUGGGACAUUUUCUUCGAAAGACCAGCACACCAGAUAGAAUCCCAGAUUAAUGAAGGUCUUCCAGAAGGGACUACAUUAGUCUCACCGGACUGGUAAAAUACAGGGCAUGCUGGCUUCCUUCUAGGAUUCUCCCUAUCUCUGCUAAUUCUGCUGAGGUGAUUGAAAAUAUUCCAUGAGGAAAACAUAUCAAAGAGCCAUUGAACAUCACAUACCAAGAGUGACAUCUGGUUAACGCCAUCAAGGACAGCAACAAUCUGAAGUCGGGGUCUCCUGUGUUGGAAGCUCGGAAAAAUAAAAACCCAGAGAGUGAGCGUCAAAGGUUACAUCUGCUCUGGGGUUUGCUGAAUGUCACCUGAAGGCCCCUGUGUCUGCUUCAGAGUGCUGCUGUUGAAUGACAAAGACGCUAAGAACAGUCUUUGCCCAAGACGGGUCUGGAACUUAACGGGGUUCCCAUGACCCCUGUGAUUGCUUCCAGUCAGCAAUGAAAGGGUUAUCGGGUAGCCGCAGCCACCACCAUGGGAUCACCUGUGAGUCGGCCUGUGACUCCUUGUCACACCAUUCAGACCACAAGCCGUACCUGCUGAGCCCGGUAGACCACCACCCUGCGGACCAUCCCUACUACACCCAGCGGAAUUCUUUCCAGGCCGAGUGUGUGGGGCCCUUCAGCGACCCUCUGGCCAGCAGCACCUUCCCGCGCAGGCACUACACCUCUCAGCAGGAGCUGAAGGACGAGAGUGCCCUGGUGCCGCGCACACUGGCCACCAAGGCGAAUCGCCUCCCCACCAACCUGCUGGAUCAGUUUGAGAGGCAGCUGCCCCUCAGCCGAGAUGGCUAUCACACGCUACAGUACAAGCGCACCGCUGUGGAGCAUCGCAGCGAUAGCCCCGGCCGCAUCCGGCACCUGGUCCACUCGGUCCAGAAGCUCUUCACCAAGUCUCAUUCCCUGGAGGGGCCAUCCAAAGGCGGCGUCAAUGGGGGCAAGGCCAGCCCUGACGGGUCGCAAACUGUGAGAUAUGGCAAGCGCAGCAAGAGCAAGGAGAGACGGUCAGAGCCCAAGGCUAGAUCCAAUGCCUCUAACGCCUCCCCGACCUCUCCCAGCUGGUGGAGCUCGGAUGACAACCUGGAUGGGGACAUGUGCCUCUACCACACGCCAUCAGGUGUGAUGACCAUGGGUAGGUGCCCUGACCGCUCUGCUUCUCAGUACUUCAUGGAGGCCUACAACACCAUCAGCGAGCAGGCAGUGAAGGCCUCCCGGAGUAACAACGACGUCAAGUGCUCCACCUGUGCUAACCUGCCAGUCACGCUGGAUGCCCCACUUCUGAAGAAGAGUGCCUGGUCCUCCACUCUCACCGUGAGCAGAGCCCGAGAGGUUUAUCAGAAAGCCUCAGUGAACAUGGAUCAGGCCGUGGUGAAGUCGGAGGCUUGUCAACAAGAGCGGUCAUGCCAGUACCUACAGGUUCCCCAGGAUGAAUGGACAGGGUACACGCCUCGCGGGAAAGACGACGAGAUCCCGUGCCGGAGGAUGCGCAGUGGCAGCUACAUCAAAGCCAUGGGGGAUGAGGACAGCGGGGACUCGGACACGAGCCCCAAGCCAUCUCCUAAGGUGGCUGCAAGAAGAGAAAGCUAUCUCAAGGCCACACAGCCAUCCCUUACAGAGCUCACCACCCUCAAGAUCUCCAACGAACACUCCCCCAAACUCCAGAUCCGGAGUCACAGCUACCUGAGGGCAGUAAGUGAAGUCUCCAUUAACAGAAGCCUGGACAGCCUGGAUCCUGCAGGCUUGCUCACGUCACCAAAGUUCCGCUCCAGAAACGAGAGCUACAUGCGAGCUAUGAGCACCAUAAGCCAGGUGAGCGAGAUGGAGGUGAACGGACAGUUCGAAUCCGUAUGCGAGUCUGUGUUCAGCGAACUGGAGUCGCAGGCGGUGGAAGCGCUGGACCUGCCCAUGCCUGGCUGCUUCCGCAUGCGGAGCCAUAGCUACGUGCGGGCUAUCGAGAAGGGCUGCUCCCAGGAUGAUGAGUGCGUGUCGCUGAGGUCGUCCUCCCCUCCACGCACAACCACCACCGUGAGGACCAUCCAGAGUAGCACCGGUGUCAUAAAACUGAGUUCUGCCGUUGAAGUGUCAUCUUGCAUUACAACAUAUAAGAAGACACCACCUCCAGUCCCACCCAGAACUACCACGAAACCUUUCAUUUCUAUCACAGCCCAGAGUAGCACAGAGUCCGCGCAGGAUGCCUACAUGGACGGGCAAGGCCAGCGCGGGGACAUGAUCAGCCAGUCUGGCCUCAGCAACUCCACCGAAAGUCUGGACAGUAUGAAGGCUCUCACGGCUGCCAUCGAGGCUGCAAACGCGCAGAUCCACGGCCCGGCAAGUCAACACAUGGGCAGCAACGCUGCUGCCGUCACCACCACCACCACCAUAGCCACUGUCACCACCGAGGACAGGAAGAAAGACUUUAAGAAAAACAGAUGCCUAUCUAUUGGGAUACAGGUGGACGACGCCGAAGAGUCAGAGAAAAUGGCAGAGAGUAAGACGUCCAGUAAGUUCCAGUCCGUGGGAGUGCAAGUAGAAGAGGAGAAGUGCUUCCGCAGGUUCACUCGGUCCAACAGUGUAACGACUGCAGUACAGGCUGACCUGGACUUCCAUGAUAAUCUGGAAAAUUCUCUGGAGUCUAUAGAGGACAAUUCGUGUCCCGGCCCAAUGGCCAGACAGUUCUCGCGAGAUGCCAGCACCUCUACCGUCAGUAUCCAGGGUUCAGGAAACCACUACCAUGCCUGUGCAGCCGACGAUGACUUUGACACGGAUUUUGACCCCUCUAUCCUGCCUCCUCCGGACCCCUGGAUUGACUCUAUCACAGAAGACCCUCUGGAGGCCGUUCAAAGGUCCGUGUGCCACCGGGACGGCCACUGGUUCCUGAAGCUUCUCCAGGCAGAGCGAGACCGCAUGGAAGGGUGGUGCAAGCAAAUGGAGAGAGAAGAGAGGGAAAACAACCUCCCAGAAGACAUUCUAGGGAAAAUCAGAACCGCGGUGGGCAGUGCCCAGCUUCUCAUGGCGCAGAAAUUCUACCAGUUCAGAGAACUGUGUGAAGAGAACCUGAAUCCCAAUGCUCACCCGAGACCCACUUCCCAGGAUUUGGCGGGGUUUUGGGACAUGCUGCAGUUGUCCAUAGAAAACAUUAGUAUGAAAUUUGAUGAACUUCAUCAGUUAAAGGCCAAUAAUUGGAAACAGAUGGAUCCUCUUGACAAGAAGGAGCGAAGGGCCCCUCCUCCAGUGCCAAAGAAGCCGGCGAAGGGCCCCGCGCCGUUGAUCCGGGAGCGCUCGCUGGAGAGCUCGCAGCGCCAGGAGGCCCGCAAGCGCCUGAUGGCCGCCAAGCGCGCAGCAUCAGUCCGCCAGAACUCGGCCACCGAGAGCGCCGAGAGCAUCGAGAUCUACAUCCCCGAGGCGCAGACCCGGCUCUGAGCGCGGCCGACGAGGACCGUCCCGCAUCCCUGCCCUCGGCCGUCUCCCCGCCCCCUCCGUCUCUGAGCUCAGUGACCGCCACCGUCGUGGCGUAGUUGUCCACCUCGCAGGAGCCGUCCCCAGGCCGCCCCGCUUCCUGGACCACUUUGCCCAUCUUCUCCACCGAGCUUCGCUCCCCAGUCCUGAAGCCUCAUGCAGACAUCCAAACCCUUUAUUUUCUGGGCCAAGCAAACUUGUGUAGAAACGACACCUGUAGGUCACUCACCCUCCUCAGUUCUCUCAAGCUAGUGUGCCCCUAGAACUCAGCAAUAUAAAACCAUAGGGUAUUUCAGAAACCCAGUAUUACAUAGGGUGAUCCUUUGGGACUUACCGUCUUCCACGCGAAAGAAACGAGGGCUCCGACUCCCUUUAUUUGCCCCCAAACGGUUAUUUUUACAAGCAAAGAGCGCUUUAUUUCUAAUCUCAGAAAUCCUACCAUCUCAUUGGAAUCAAAGUGACAGAGGGGACCAAGCUGGCCUAGGGUUGGGGGCCUGGGUAUGUAGGAGAGAAGGGCGGAGCGCGCAGGUGCCCUGCAUCUGUGCCCUCGCAGCUGUACAAACUGCCUCACUGGUACUUCAUCAACCGCAGCUUCAAAUGUUUCAAUCAGCAGAAGAUUGUAAAUUCGAUCUUUCAGGGAAAUUAAUCUAUUCUGAAAGGCAAUAAAACGAAGAAAGUUAAGGCAAAAGGAAACACCGGUGGUUUAAGAUCCUCUAUAAGGAAUCCAUUUAUUUAUCUUAAGAAAAUUUAGACCUGAAUUUUUUUUUUAAUCAACUCUUCUUGUACUCUGUGUAUUAUAAUGGCAUGGCAAUGAUUUUCAAAUGGGAGGGUGGGAAGGAAUUGGUUCUGUUAGUUUCGUGUUCAUCCUGGUGGGGCCACUUAAGAUUUCACACACGGAAGAAAGCUUCUGCUUCCGAGGGGCGGCAAGGCCAUUUCCAGAGGAGAGUUCCCGUACUCCCGCCACACUUUGAAUGCUACACAUCCGUCUAGUUCAACCCAGCCCUUCACAUUUCGGGGGCAUUUUCUCCUUCGGUCUCCUCUCACUCCAGUACGGAGUUCACCUGUUCCCCAGCACAGGAUUUUUGUUCUAUGUCAAAUGAAUAAAAUAAAAGGUUUUCUACCCCAAUUGACAUGCUGCCUCAUUCCAAAGAACUGUCGUUAUGAUUCUGAAGUUCCAGUUAAUGAGAGAAGUCAUUUGAUAUGCAAGGGGUCAAGAACUAGGAGUCAGGGCAGUAGGGCAUUCAUAAACGCUGAUAGAAAUCCAAACGUCUGGGUGGGUUCCAGGCUCGCUGUUGGCUUGCAGUUUUGUCAUGGCCAUGUGCACUAGCUUCCAGACGAAGUCUUCAAAUGCCCUUUCCUUGUAGCAGUUUAAGCAUUCAGAAUGUGGCAUUCUGAAAGGAUCAGCUGUAUAAUUUCAAGCUGGCAACCUAAAGAACUAGAAACUUGCCAUAGAAAAACAAAAGACUUAAAAGAAAAAAAAAAUGCUUGCAUCAGAGAUGCUUAAAAAAAAAAAAAGAAAGAAAGAAAGAAAAGAAACAAACAAAAAACCACUGUCAUAGCCAGGUGCUAAUUUAAUUUUCUUUACAAAAUUAAGAGAAGCGAUGGGUUCUGGCGACCAGUAUUUUCAGACAUAUUCUAAAACCACUAGAGAAUUCGCUACCUCUCAGAGCCAUCGAAGCUUUGAGGUACCUUUAUCAACAGGGCACAAAUGUUUACUGCUGCGGUUUACAAGAAAAGGGCUAUAACUUAUUAAAAAAAAAACAAAACAAAACACCAACAACUUUUAACUAGGGCAGACAAAGUCAGCGCUGUGUCCAACUGGAGCAGAGAUUUUUGAGCUUCAAGUAUUUGCUAGUUUCAAAAAAAUAAAAAUAAAAAAGACUCUUGACAGUGGAGCAGCAAUGUAAGAUCAGAAGCAUUCAGGAGUAAGGCCAACUUCCACCUUGGGUAGCCCAUGGUCACACUUAUCCAGGAAAGACAUGGAAUUCACAGGAAGCAGUGUUCAUUCUGGUCCAUCCUAGUCCUACUUAGACCCCCUCGCUUACUACUGCAGCCCCUUGCCCUGAGGUAAUGCUGAGAUCAGUUUCUGAUGGGAUUCCAGAUCCUUCGACAAUGUUAUCCUUGGGGACCGAUUUAGCCAAGGCUAUUUUAAGGAGAGACCAGAGAAGGCCUAUUGAUCUUGUCUAAGCGAAUGGCAUUUGUAUAUUCAUAAGCUAUUUUUGGUAAGAAUUUUAAAUCUCUUCACUGAACGCCUGCAGGGCAUCAGAACCUUUGCCUUCCUGAGAAACACAGUUUAAACUGUACAAAACACUUUAUAAGAAAAAAAAAAGCUAAUUAUUGUUGUUAGUACAUGACCCCCCACACACACGAUACAGCCUGUUACCCACUGGAACCUGGAAACUGACAGCGGGAACCUUUAUUGCGUUCUUCUUUUUGAUGUAAUUUGUAGAGAUGUUUUUUAGUUCAUAAUGAACAAUGUAUGUACCCUGGAAAAUUACUUAUUUUGUUUAACUUUGGUAUAAAGGUGUUGGGCAUUUUCUUGGGGCGGGGGGAAUUACAAAAGAAGUUUGUCUCCCUCAUCAAAAACAACAACAACAAAAAUACAUUCAAAGAAAUUAAGUAUUUAUUAUAUUUUUUGCAGAUGUUUCCAUACAAUUCACAUAACCUUUUUGUAAAGAGAGAUGAAGAAAUGGAUUAAAGAUUUUUAAUAUUUGAAAUGGUAAAUAGAACUAAUUUAUUUGUAAUAUAUUUCUGUUAUUUAUAGAUGUUCCCUUAAUGUUUUGCUGUGAAGUACUGCUUUAAUUUAAGCCCUUGUGAUUUACCAUUUCUUUUUUAAGAACAUGUCUAGAUGCAUAUUUUAAAUAACUGGAAUGUAAAUCAUUAGCAUAUCUGAAUUCCCUAAUGUAAUUUUUAAAAAUUAAUUUGGUUUGGGGAGAAAAGGUUUAUUUGAAAGCCUUCAGAUGGAGGGCUGGGGAAGAUUUUUAUGGCUUUCUGAAUUGGAAUUUCAUAGGCUUAUUUACCUAGACUGUGUGUGGACAAAAAAAUAAAUAAAUAAAAAUAACAACCUGUAAAUAGAUGAACGUUUCCCAUCAUGUAAAAAGAAGAAAUUAAUAAAAUAAUCAAUGCACUGCUUUCA